AUUUUUGACAUUUAUUUGUUCGACGAAUAUGCUAUUCAUUCAAGUUUUGAGAUUGUCCCUGAUAGUAUCACAUCGGUAGCAGCUGCCCUUUUCACGUCCUUCCCUUUUACGAGGAACACCAGCACACUUCCUAUAACUUAAAAUAUUUAUCUACUCAAAUUAAUGUCGAACUCUCCAUGUCCGUCACUACCUACUCCGUCACCAUUUCCUGCACUGCCUUCGAACAUAGUAUCAACAGGGUCGACGAUCAAUCUUUCAUUGGUCGAACUAAAAUGUGAUUUAGUCAAUAAUAAUAGUAAUAAUAUUGUUAAAAACAAUAGCUCAAAUGUGAUCCAACAUCAGCCUCUCACGUUCAACACCUCAGGUGAGUGUAUUUGGGCUACCCAAUAUCCAGAGAUACAAAAAGCAUGCUACCUUCGGCGAGUGUGUCAAUUUGCAUCCCCAAAAGAACUGCGUGUGCAAAACAUUACAUCAAUCCUGCAGAUGGGUCCGACCUGUGGUCUCACAGCUCUCAGUAUGAUCUUCGAAGGAUCGCCAUCAGCUGCAACCUUACUAGAAAUGGCCAUUGAUAAAGGCUAUUCAAACAAAGGUGAAAUGUUCAGUGCCAUUCAACUGAACGAGUUGCUGUCAAUUGGAUUAGCAGACAAUCGUCACCUAGUGGAAUUCAGAGAGGUUACUAACACUUUAGUUGGAGGUAAUUUAGAUGACCCCGAUAUAAAAAUGCAACUCCGGCUUGGGUCUAUAUUUUUAGUGCCAUAUGAUCCCGAUCGUAAUCACACACCUUGCUUAGACAAGGGACACAAGGCUCAUUGGGCUUUAAUCGUUGGUUACCUAAUCGACCAGUUCGAUGAUUAUUACGUCUUCGCACGUCACGGCAAAACUAAAAACCUCGCCCUAUGGUCUCUUCGCGAUCUUGCGCUCAGUAAUGCAAAUCUAGUCGAGUUCUGUCAACCUGCUGGCCAUCCCGAACAGGUCUUCAUUCUUCCUGAUGGAGGUAUCGGCGGGCGCAAUGGACUACGAUGUAAAUUCAUCAUGAUCGAGCACUUUAAAGCCAAGGAAGAAGUUGUACUGUAGUGAAUAAAGUUAAGAUAUAGCCAGGACUAUACUGUAUCGUUAUUAUAUUAAUAUUGAUUCGGUGAGCGCUCAUGUAUGGUAUUGUCCGUGUAAAAACAUAUUGUCCGUAAUUUGCCAAUAUCUGUCGAUUUUGAAAGAAGUCAUUAAGCGAAGUUGAUUUCUUUUGAUUUUUAGCAAAAACAAAUAUCUGUGCAAAAAAUAAGGAUUAUUAAUUUAUUUUUUUACAAUUACAAACAAAGAAAAUGUAUUAUUGAUCCAAACCUAAUUUUAUCUUGUGCGCGGCUUGAAACAGUAUUGAGAAGUUUAUCGAAUCUAGUUGAAAACUCACAACUAUUCUUUAUAUCAUACGCGCCUUAAUCAGGUUUGGGAAUCGAAGUAAAUAUUUACAAUAAAUAUCAAAUGAUUUUACUAAAGAAA